AGAAUCUGUAUAUGAUCUUCUCCCAAAGGAGUUACAGUUACCGCCAUCUAGAGAAACAUCUGUAGCAUCAAUGAGUCAGACAAGUGGUGGUGAGGCAGGCUCGCCUCCUCCAGCUGUAGUUGCUGCUGGAUUUGCCUCUGAAGCAGGGAGUGUCUGCAUUAAAAAUGACCUGUAGUUCUCUGCUUCAUAGAUGCUUCUUCAGCUCCCUCCUCUUCCUCCAUGGGCGGUGCUUGCAGCUCCUUUACCACCUCUUCCAGCCCUACCAUUUAUUCUACCUCAGUCACCGACAGCAAGGCUAUGCAAGUGGAGAGCUGCUCCUCAGCCUUGGGGGUAAGUAACAGAGGGGUAAGUGAAAAGCAGUUAACCAGUAACACAGUUCAGCAGCAUCCAUCAACACCGAAGAGGCACACAGUCUUGUACAUCUCACCACCACCUGAGGACUUGCUGGAUAACAGUCGGAUGUCCUGCCAGGAUGAGGGGUGUGGAUUGGAAUCUGAGCAGAGCUGCAGUAUGUGGAUGGAGGAUUCCCCCUCCAACUUCAGUAACAUGAGCACCAGUUCCUACAAUGAUAACACUGAGGUACCUCGUAAAUCACGAAAACGAAAUCCAAAGCAGAGGCCGGGGGUCAAACGACGAGAUUGUGAAGAAUCUAAUAUGGAUAUAUUUGAUGCCGACAGUGCCAAAGCACCUCACUAUGUGCUUUCUCAGCUUACCACGGACAACAAAGGCAACUCAAAAGCAGGAAAUGGAACAUUGGAAAACCAAAAAGGAACUGGAGUAAAGAAAAGCCCCAUGUUAUGUGGACAGUAUCCUGUUAAAAGUGAGGGAAAGGAGCUGAAGAUAAUUAUACAACCUGAGACCCAGCAUAGAGCUCGGUACCUGACUGAGGGUAGCCGUGGCUCAGUAAAGGACAGAACACAGCAAGGUUUUCCUACAGUAAAGCUGGAAGGCCAUAAUGAGCCAGUGGUAUUGCAAGUGUUUGUGGGUAAUGACUCUGGUCGAGUGAAACCACAUGGGUUUUAUCAGGCCUGCAGGGUAACUGGGCGAAAUACAACCCCCUGCAAAGAAGUGGACAUUGAAGGCACUACUGUCAUAGAAGUUGGCCUUGAUCCAAGCAACAACAUGACACUAGCGGUGGACUGCGUAGGGAUAUUGAAAUUGAGAAAUGCUGAUGUUGAAGCCAGAAUAGGGAUUGCUGGUUCCAAGAAAAAAAGCACUCGUGCCAGAUUGGUUUUUCGAGUUAAUAUCACAAGGAAAGAUGGCUCUACUUUGACUCUGCAAACACCCUCUUCUCCAAUUUUAUGUACUCAGCCAGCAGGAGUGCCAGAAAUUUUAAAGAAAAGCUUGCAUAGCUGUUCAGUGAAAGGAGAGGAAGAAGUAUUUUUAAUUGGCAAGAACUUUCUGAAAGGAACUAAAGUGAUUUUCCAAGAAAAUAUUUCUGAUGAAAACUCUUGGAAGUCAGAAGCUGAAAUUGACAUGGAAUUAUUUCAUCAGAAUCAUCUUAUUGUGAAGGUUCCCCCAUAUCAUGACCAACAUAUAACAUUGCCAGUAUCGGUGGGAAUAUAUGUAGUGACCAAUGCUGGAAGAUCUCAUGAUGUUCAGCCAUUCACUUACACUCCAGACCCAGCAGUAGCUGGUGCUUUGAAUGUAAAUGUGAAGAAGGAAAUAUCUAGUCCAGCAAGACCUUGCUCUUUUGAAGAGGCCAUGAAAGCGAUGAAAAAUACUGGAUGUAACUUAGAUAAGGUAAAUAUUCUUCCUAAUGCUCUGAUCACUCCACUCAUAUCAAGCAGUAUGAUUAAGAGUGAAGAUGUUACUCCAAUGGAAGUAACAGCAGAAAAAAGAUCUUCCCCUAUUUUUAAGACUACAAAGACAGUUGGAUCAACUCAACAAACAUUAGAAAAUAUCUCUAACAUAGCAGGAAAUGGGUCUUUUGCAUCAUCAUCAUCUUCCCACUUACCCUCUGAAAAUGAAAAGCAGCAGCAGAUUCAACCCAAGGCAUACAACCCAGAGACCCUGACAACUAUCCAAACACAGGACAUUUCACAGCCUGGUACCUUUCCAGCAGUUUCUGCUUCUAGUCAGCUGCCUAAUAGUGAUGCACUACUGCAACAGGCUACACCAUUUCAGACAAGAGAAACUCAAUCUAGAGAGGUAUUACAGUCAGAUGGUACAGUGGUUAAUUUGCAACACCUGACCGAGGCAUCGCAGCAGCAGCAGCAGUCACCACUACAAGAACAAGCACAGACUUUACAGCAGCAGAUUUCAUCAAAUAUUUUCCCAUCACCAAGUAGUGUGAGUCAGCUACAGAACACAAUUCAGCAAUUGCAAGCAGGAAAUUUUACCAGCAGUACUGCUAGUGGCAGCAGUGGAAAUGUUGACCUGGUCCAACAAGUUUUAGAGGCACAACAGCAGUUAUCUUCAGUUUUAUUUUCUGCUCCAGAUGGUGAGAAUGUUCAAGAACAGCUUAGUGCAGAUAUUUUUCAACAAGUCAGUCAAAUUCAAAAUAGUGUAAGCCCUGGAAUAUUUUCCUCAACAGAGCCAACAGUCCAUACCAGACCGGAUAAUUUAAUAGCUGGAAGAGCUGAAAGUGUUCACCCACAGACUGAAAAUACAUUAUCUAAUCAACAGCAGCAACAACAGCAACAGCAAGUGAUGGAGUCAUCAGCUGCAAUGGUGAUGGAGAUGCAACAGAGUAUCUGCCAGGCAGCUGCCCAGAUUCAGUCAGAGCUAUUUCCUUCAACUGCUUCAGCAAAUGGAAACCUUCAGCAGUCUCCAGUUUUCCAGCAGACUCCUCAUAUGAUGAGUGCAUUAUCUACCAAUGAGGACAUGCAAAUGCAGUGUGAAUUGUUUUCUUCUCCUCCUGCAGUUUCUGGAAAUGAAACUACGACAACCACCACACAGCAGGUUGCAACCCCUGGUACCACCAUGUUUCAGACAUCAAGUUCAGGAGAUGGAGAAGAAACGGGUACACAAGCAAAACAGAUUCAGAACAGUGUCUUUCAGACCAUGGUCCAAAUGCAACAUAGUGGGGACAGUCAAUCUCAAGUUAACAUUUUUUCAUCUACAAAAAGUAUGAUGAGUGUUCAAAAUAGUGGUACCCAGCAACAAGGUAAUGGUUUAUUCCAGCAAGGUAAUGAGAUGAUGUCACUCCAAUCUGGGAAUUUUUUGCAGCAGUCUUCUCAUUCACAGGCUCAACUUUUUCAUCCUCAAAAUCCUAUCACUGAUGCUCAGAACCUUUCCCAGGAAACUCAAGGUUCUAUUUUUCACAGUCCAAGUCCCAUUGUCCACAGUCAGACUUCUACAACCUCCACUGAACAGAUGCAGCCUCCAAUGUUUCACUCUCAAAGUACCAUGGCUGUCCUACAGGGCUCUUCUGUUCCUCAAGACCAGCAGUCAGCCAACAUAUUUCUUUCCCAGAGUCCAAUGAAUAAUCUCCAAACUAAUGCAGUAGCUCAAGAAGAACAGAUUUCAUUUUUUGCAGCUCAGAACUCAAUUUCUCCACUUCAGUCAACAUCAAACACUGAGCAGCAAGCUGCUUUCCAACAGCAGCCUCCAAUAUCACACAUUCAGACCCCCAUGCUUUCUCAAGAGCAGGCACAGCCCUCCCAGCAAGGUCUGUUUCAGCCUCAGGUGUCCCUGGGUUCCCUUUCUCCUAAUCCAAUGCCUCAAAACCAACAGGGGACAAUCUUCCAGUCACAGCACUCAAUCGUUGCCAUCCAGAGUAACUCUCCAUCUCAAGAGCAGCAGCAGCAACAGCAGCAGCAGCAGCAGCAACAGCAGCAACAGCCACAACAACAACCUCAGAGCAUUUUAUUCAGUAAUCAGAAUACCAUGGCUACAAUGGCAUCUCAGAAGCAACCACCACCAAACAUGAUAUUUAACCCAAGUCAAAAUCCAAUGGCUAAUCAGGAGCAACAGAACCAGUCAAUUUUUCACCAACAAAAUAAUAUGGCCCCCAUGAAUCAAGAGCAGCAGCCCAUGCAAUUUCAGAACCAGCCCACAGUUUCCUCACUUCAGAACCCAGGUCCUGCUCAAUCUGAAUCGCCACAGACCUCCUUGUUCCAUAGCUCUCCUCAGAUUCAGUUGGUCCAGGGAUCACCCAGUACUCAAGAGCAGCAAGUAACUCUCUUCCUCUCUCCAGCAUCCAUGUCUGCAUUGCAGACCAGUAUAAACCAACAGGACAUGCAACAGUCUCCUCUUUAUUCCCCUCAGAACAACAUGCCUGGAAUCCAAGGAGCCACGUCUUCACCUCAACCACAAGCUACUUUAUUUCACAACACUACAGGAGGCACAAUGAACCAACUACAAAAUUCUCCUGGUUCAUCUCAGCAGACUUCAGGAAUGUUCUUAUUUGGCAUUCAAAAUAACUGUAAUCAGCUUUUAACUUCUGGACCAGCUGCUUUGCCAGAUCAGUUGAUGGCUAUAAGUCAGCCUGGCCAACCACAAAAUGAGGGCCAGCCACCCGUGACAACACUUCUUUCUCAGCAAAUGCCAGAGAAUUCUCCACUGGCAUCCUCUAUAAACACCAACCAGAACAUUGAAAAGAUGGAUUUGCUUGUUUCAUUGCAAAACCAAGGGAACAAUUUGACUGGCUCCUUUUAACUGGAAAUUCUAUGAAGAAAAUCCUGAUUCCAAGAUGUCCCAAGAUCUUGUGAUUCCACGAGGAUUGAACUGUUACUUUAAAAACAAGAUGAAAUAUAAAAACUGUGAUUGAGUAAAUGUAUAGGUUUUACUCUGGCUGCAAAAGAGCACACCUAUGCUGCCUGUUGCAGUGAUUAGCCACCAUUGUUAACAUCUUCAUAUUUUGUAUUCCUAAUAACAAUGAUGACUGAGAAUCUGUUUGAGUUUCUAGCUGACAGAAUUAAUUGUUGCUAUUUUCCUAGGCGCUUUUUCUUUAAAAGUACAGUUUAAAUUUAAAGCCAGACGGUUCAGUUAUCAUUGCUAUUAGAAAAUAAUUCAUAUUGUCAUAUUUACUUUUGUUCUUCAUUAUUUUCUUCCCUGUAUUGUUCUAGUCAAGUAACAGCUUUUGAAAAAGGAAAAUUCAAAUAAUAACUAAGGCUGUGAUUUUUCAGUAUAAAGAACACAGCUAUUGGCCAAACUGAAGGAAUCCUUUUCCAGUUUCAUAGAAAAACUGAAGAGGUAACACGUUCUGACAAGUAAGCUGUAUUAAGAGCUCUCCACAGUUAAGAGGCUUCUUUAUCACAAAGGCAGACAACACAAAUUGGGAACAGCUGGAAUGCUAUGCAUUUUGUUUUUCAGAUUGUUGUUAAUUCUCUUCCUGCUAAACAGUUCAGGCAUAACUGCAUAGAAAAAUAAUUAUCUUGCUCUAUGAAAAAGCGAAGGGGAUAAUAUAUGGUAAAUUAUAUUCCGAUAUCCUCCUGCAAUAGUUUCAACGGACAGCAGUUUGAAUCUGUUUUCUUUUUAAUUUAGUCUUGGGCUGAUUGUUCCCUUUUAAUAUUCAUCAAUAUUAUUCCCCUUUUUCACUUUAUUUUAAACAGUUGGUGAUAUAUCCCUAGUUUGUGACCCUGUAAUGACUUAGAGGAAAAGGCCACUUUCAUCUGGGGUAGCCCAGCAACUCCUGCAGCACAGGUGGGGGCUGCCUUUUCAGGAAUAAGGAGAACUGAUUCCUGAGAAACAAGAAACAAUGCAUUUCUUCCCAUGAACGGUGCUGUUCUGAAAUCUUCAAAAUUUUUCCUCUAAUAGGAAACAUGUAAAUUUUAAUUUAAAGAAAAGGCAAAGUAAAAUUUCUUAAAACAUCACUUCUCCCUGAGCUGCAGUGAAUGUAAUUCACUUGUCACCUCAGUGAUUUACAGUUUGAAGUGGUCACUUAUCUGAUGGUUCCCACAAGCCUUAGGCUUUACAGGGUCAUGUCAUUGACUUAAAAUGAAGAAUUAACUUGUGUUACAUCUAUUGAGAGCAAAAUAACUCACUCCAGAACUUGCAGUUGCAGCAUUAGUUACAUGGUUUUGGGUGUUCUCACCACCCAUGGGAUGCCUGCUUCUCACUAUAGCCUGUUGUCUGGACACAUGCUUAUGUUGUACUUUUCUUUUGGCAUGUAGAAAGCUGUUAAUACAGUUUAAGGCCAAAUUGUGUGUUGCUUCUAUAGGUAGCUAAGAUGUUUUGGUAUUCUUGUCUGUUUCAUUUAUUUUUUUAAGUGUACAAAAAUAGCCUGUUAAUUGUUUGUUGAAAGCUACUUUUCUGUUUGUUUUUUCUAUCCUAUACAUAUAGUUGAACUUAGUGGAAUUGUGGUCUUGGUUUUGUUUAUACAGCCAGAUUUUUCCCCUUUUUGUGAUGAUCUUCUUUGUUUCUUUGAAUGUGCUGUCCUUCUAAUUUGUUUUUUCUCUUUGUUCUCAUAUAUUCUUCCCUCUGCCCUCAACCUUUCUUUCUCUCUCUCUCUGAUUGAGAGGCAUUGAAUUACGUUUUCAGUAGUACAGGCUUCUUGCCGAUAUGAAGGGAACUUUUCAGAAAGAGACCUACUCUGGGUCAUUUAAUUUUGAAUACAGUUUUCAAUCGUUCAAGUUUUGGAUGGUUUAUAUCUAAUGUGUGUUUCAUUUUUUUGGAAAGCUAUAUUUUGUAUUUAGGAAAUGGUAUACUAUUUUGCUAUUUGUACUGAGUGAGUACAUUGGCAUAAAUAUAGAAAUUUAUAUAUAUACAUAUAUAUAAACUAUUCUUUUUUGCCACACAUUUUUGUGGUAAUUUUGUGAGUUUGUCUGAUGUUCUACCACAACGUGGCGUCUGAUAACAGUGAGGGGGGGUUUGUUAUGUCUUUAUUGAGUAUUUAAGUAUCUUUUGAAACAAAUGACUUGUUCAUCAGUGGCCAUUCCAUCAGGCAGUUCCUUGAUGUUCUUGGUGGGCUAAAGGCAGCUUACGGUCUGUUUGCUGGAUCUUUCACUCAGCAAAAUGUUAGCGUAAGUAACCCAUCUAGGCAGUUGUGUUAAAUGGUGUUUCAUGAGAAUGAGCCAUUCAGCCUUCACUCACUAUAUAUUUAAUAUUUUAUUAUUGUUUUUAUUAUUAAUUGGCUUUCUGUGUUCUAUGCCUUUUAUUUAUAAAGACACUAAAAACAUGUUUGUAAUUUUAAUAACAUUUUCCCCAUCUUGUAAUAUCCAGAGCUACUUUAUAAAUUCUCUGAACUGAAAGCAUUUUCCUCAUUAUAUCUCUUCUCUCUCCACCCCUAUCAGGAAAAUUACCCAAUAUAGUUCAGGUUAUAAGAAAGACCAGCCACACAAUCCAGUGCUUCAGUUUUAAAAUGUAAAACUCCAACUGCAGAGAGUUGAUGAAUGUCAGAAACCUUACCCAGCAGGUAUAAAAAUAAGUAGAAAUAAAAUACCGUAAGUUCAUUUCUGAGUUUUCUGAAUUUUUUUCUGAGAUUAUACAGGAGACUUAGAAAGUCUAUUUGUUCACCAAGUUCUAAUUAGAAUGUUAAUAUUGCUCUGUGGAUGAAGUGGUGGCAAGAAGACUGACUGUGUGCUGACUUCUGUUGUUUAGCAAGAGGUUUGUCAUUGUAAAAUGCUGAUUGCCAAUGCCAAGUCACCAGGGACCAAUUUUCUGUUUUAUAAUAUCUAAGUUUAGAACAGAACAUACACCUGAACUGUAAUGGUUUGAUUGGAUGAAAGCAGAAAACCCAAUUUUUAUUUUCAUAAAUUUUGUGGUUAUUUGUAUAAGGGCUGUGCUAUGCUACCAUACUACCGUAUUCUUAUUCAAUAAUGAUGUUGGUUUUUUUUUUUUUAACAUUGUUAUAUGUUCCUUGCCCCUAAAGGUCAAUAUUAAGUACAGCAUUCUGAAUAUACAAUUUGGUUACAAAAACUAUUUGUCUUCUCAUUGAAGAAUUAGCUUAGUUAUCAGUGGUUGAUACUUGUGCUAAUAAUGCAGUUUCCAGAUUACUGUUACAAAUUACAGCUACAUAUAGGGAUAGACCCCAUCAGCCAGCAAAGGCCUCGGAAACAACAAUUUAUUAAAUUUAUUUAUGGCAGAAGGACCUAAAUAAGUUUUGAACCACAUUUUAUUCCUUUAUAUUGUUACAUUCAAUUGUUCUUUUAGCAACUCACAUUAAUGCUUGGAGCUUAUCUCUGUGUGAGUGUGUGUUUUAUUCCUAUUGUCAUUCCAUUGUAUAGCCACACCAACAUGGGAGAAGAUAACUUAGAAGUCAUAUUUUGCGUUUGAGCUUUAUCAUGUUACCUUUGUAAUUAGAGUAUCAUGUUGCCAUUUAGCCAAUGCAAAUCUGUUUUUACCAGUUUCCCUAGAAAGGUUUUUAAAGGGCUUUGUUUAUUAUAGAAGCAGUAUUAAUGAGAGAUCUGCCUUCCUUCUUUUCCCUCCUAUUUUGCUUUUUUUUUUCAGGGGGGGAUGGUAAUGUUGUAUAGUAUAUAUGCUAUAGUUGGGAAUUUCAUUAUAGUGCAUUUCUGGCCCAUCAGAACCCCAUUUAAUUUGCCUAGGAAAAUCGUGCCCAAGGAAAUAAGAAGUAAGUUACAUUUGAGUCCCUUUAGAACUAAAUAAUUCCUUUAGAUUAUUUAAGCCAUUAUAAAUGCUUGUUUUAGAAAAGUAAAAUCUGUUUAAAUGAAUCAGUAAUUAAAAAGCAGAAUUAAAUGCUUUGAUAAUCAAGGUCUCAAAUUCCACAAGGUUGAUAAAUAUUCACUAAGAGUAACUGCAGAAUUUUUCGUUUUGCUGGUGAAAUUUUUUGUUCUAGUAACUGUUUCCUAGUUGGUUUUUUAAAUAACUGGAAGUUAUAUAAGACCUGUUAGCUUUACUCAGCUUCAUGACCACAGGUUUCAUCCCCAACCGGACAACCAUGUUGUAUCCGCACACCUCUGGUUAUAUGGAGGGGCUUAAUGGAAGAGAGACUGAAUGGUUCAGAAGCUUUUGAGAGUAGUAACUCCGAGUAUAUGCCCUAGUAAGUGGUUUAGUAAAAUCUUAUAUAAUGUAUAAAAAGAGGUUUUCUCCUCUGCUUAUUUGUAUCACUAGAGCUAAAAUGUGGAGAUAAUGUUCAUAAUGUAAUAAAUAUCAAAUUAAUACCUACAGUGUCAUUUGUGAAUUAUCCCAGGGCUCUAAUUACUUCUUUAAUCCCCAUUGAUUUUCAUGCCAUUCUAGGCUCACUUAUUAAUAAACUUCUAUUUUUACUCUACUUUCUCUUUCAGGAAAAUUUUUUAAAUUAAUAUUUUAUAUCUAGAUUAAAUGGAAAAGUGCCUUUUACCAUGAUAGUGCACCUUUUACGUAAUUUCCUUUUUGCUAUUGCCAAAAACAUGUAAAUUAUUUUAAGAGGUCCCAACCUUCAAAUUUUCCAUUUAACCAUUCUUUUCUCCAUUUCUUUCUUUUCUUUUUGAAAAUUUAAUUGGAUUUAUUAAGCAGUUCAUGAAUCAGGCAGCAUCUCAUCUAGCAACUAGAAGGGCACUUGAAAGGGUUGUGCAACAUGGAAGGUUUUUAUAGCUCCAUUUCUUAAUCAUCAUAGGAAAUAACUUCAUAAGUAUCUAACUCCCUUUGGCCUAAGAGUAACAGAAAAGGUAGGUUACCAGAAUUGUUCCUUUGAGGGAGGGUAAGUAAAAGAUUACAGAAUUAUACUCUUUAGGCUUUAUAACUAAAUUUGUCUUCAUUUCAACCAACUAAUGAAAGGUCUUAACCUGAAUGCUAAUGAAAAUUUUACUACCUGUGCAACUCCAUGCAUACAAAUGUGUGUAGUUAAAUUUCAGGAAGGAAGUGUUUAAAGCAUCUUCUAUGAUCUUAAUUAGAUGAAUGAAAAUAAAUCACUAACACAAAGUUUAAGUAAAACCUGGUAAUGUCAGUUUUUCUAACUAGACAGAGCCAAGUAACUAAUUAUACUACACGUUUUGCCCAUUAGACCCUCAGUAAUCUACCUAUGAAAAAUAGUGUUAAAGGAAAUGAAAAAGUUAUAUCGGAGUCCCUCCAGAACCAAGAUAAUGCCUUUCAACCAGAUACAGUUGAAUUGUGUCCCUCUGGUUUUUGUUAAUUUUGCCUGUGUUCCAGCUACUUAACACAGUGGUGGUGCCUGAAGAGAGGGCCAUCAGCAACAGGUCAGGACAGCAACAGCUUUGGGAUGAGCUGCUUUCCCCCAAGUGAGUAUUUCUGUGGUUAGUAACUCUGAAGACUCAAACGUUUACGCAAUAUUCUUAAUACCCUAUUAAUAUUAUGCACUUGAAUCAUUCCAAAGAAGUCAAGAAUGCUGUAUAGUGAUGAUUCCUUCUUAAUGACAUCUUAACUGCCUAGAAUAUUAUAUCCCUUUUUAUUUUGGAGAGCAACUUGGCAUAAGUGCUAUGUAAAUAUUUUCUAAAAUGACUAUAGUAGAGCUUAAAUGGGACUUAGACUUUGAAAUGUAAUUGGUUAUAAGGGGAAAUGAUUACACUUCAGGAAAUCAUUUUAGAAACAUUAAAAUGUUCAGCUUACUAAUCUGUAUGCUAGAAAAUUAAUUAAAACCAGCCCUCUUCCUAUAUAUUUUGUGUUAAUGUACAUAAGAACAUUGUAGUAUAUAAUUUUCUGCAUAAAACCAAUGGUUCUCAAAAUAUGGUCCUUAGCCUACCAGCCAAUUUUAGCAUCACCUUUGAACUAGUUAGAAAUGCAAAUUCUUGGGUCCUAUCCUAGACACACUGAGUCAGAAAGGGGAGAGUGGGGCUCAGCAGUCUGUGUUUUAACACCCUCCAGGUGAUUCUGAUGCACUCAUAAAGCUUGAGAACCACCGGUGUAAACUAUUUACAGUGAGAUCCAGAAAGCUGGCUUUUCCAUACUCAUAAAGAUAGGGUUAUGCAUUGUUCUUUAUGUAAAUUCAGCUUAACCUGGUUAUUAUGAUCCUUUAUUGGCAAUGAUAACUCAUUCUCAGCACUGCCUAUAGUAUAUUUUAUGUAUAUAUAUAAUUAGUUAUUGAUAAUUCAGUUAACUUAGUUUGGCAUAUUUCUACCACUUACUAAAAAGUUUACAUUAAGUAACUGAUUUAAAGAUAUAGGUGCAAUGUUCUACAUUUCUUUUAAUUGCUAUGACAUUUAAGUAGCUAAUAUAAUUGACAGGUGCUAAAUUCUCCUGUUCAUUCAUAAAAUGGGUACAUUGUGGGCAGUGAUAAUACAAGUUUUUUUUUUUCAUUGCCUCUUACUUUACCAGCAGACCACAAGUUUGGUCUGGUUAGGUCAACUCUCAGAACAAAGUUGGCAUUCCUAUAUUUAUAUUUAUAUUUGUAUCUGAGACAUUAAACAAGAUGGCUGUCCAGACCAACAAAGCACUGUAUUUCAUUUCUUUUUUUAAUACAUGAAUCUUUAAGACUAGGUUGCUUUGUAUAAGAACUUCUGCAGAAGAUAUAACUAUAUUAAACAAGACAAUGUGUUAUAUAAUUUGGGCAUUUGUCCCUUGUCAGUGUAUGUAUGCAUCAUGGUAAAGAUGAACUAUCCACAAGACAAGUAGAUUUAUUCAUUCACUUUAUCUCCCUAUGUAAUUUAAUAUUUCUGUAAUUGUUCUAAUCUUCCUCCCACUGUUUACAAAUCACCAAUAAAAGUGCACAUUUCAAAUUAAAAAUAAUUAUAUACUCUAUAAAAUUCACCACUGCUUAAUACUAGCAGUAGAAAUGUAAGUGGCUUACUUUACAAACUAUGGUGCUGGCAAAUAUAAAGGCAAACUUUUGGGAGAUGCUCUAGCUACAUUCCUCCUUUCUUGUGCCCUUUCCUCUCUUCCUCACUUGAUUGCUUAAUAUAUUCCUGUACCCAAAGUAUUCUACCACAGUGCUGUAUGACUUCAACUUGUAAUGUCUCCUUUGAAAGCCCCAUGUUUAAGCUCCAUAUCAUACCCUGCUCUUUUUUUUUAACCAGAAAUAAUUGCCUGGUUUGAGUAGUUCAUAGGGAUCACUUAUUAUUUUAGCUAAUGAACCUCAGGACCAUACACACACACACACACAGACACACACACACACACACACACACCCCAUCUCACAUGUUUGAGGGUGGGUUUGGAAUCAGACAUGUGUCUGAUAAAGAGCUGUCCUGCACCGAAGUGUUUGACUUUAGGGGCUACAAACUGAUCUAGUGACAUUCAGCUCAUUUCUUUUCAUCUAACGAAUGUAUCUUCUCACCUUGUUCCCUUACUUCUAAUUGAUAAGCUCCAAGUAGUUGCUAAUUAUUGACAACUUUUACUUAGUCUUUUUAAUAAAUGUAUUACAAGUAUUUAUUAACCUAUUCUCAAGUGGUUUGGAUACCAUUCUGCCAUUUAAAUUUUAUUUGCUUGAGCACACUGAUCAACCACUGAAUUGCCUUCUUCCAUUGUCCUGCAAUGACUAAGGGUUACAUUUUUGUGUAUACGGCUUUCAUAGUUGGGGUCGCAGAGCACUGACACCAGAUAUUUUCAGUUUGUUCUCUGGGGGAAUUUCAUUUGCAUCUAUGUUUUUAGCUAUCUGUGAUAACUUGUUAAAUAUUAAAAAGAUAUUUUGCUUCUAUUGGAACAUUUGUAUACUCGCAACUAUAUUUCUGUAAACAGCUGCAGUCAAAAAUAAAACAUUGAAAGUUUUCAUUU